AUGAUGUCUGGAAAGAGACCGUUUGAGGAGAUUCAUCAGGAUCAAGCACAUUCGUUACCAGUAGCAUCACAAAUUGCAUCAGCAACUUCAUCAUUUGAAUUAACCCCUUCACAAGAAAAAUUAUUAAAAAAAGUUAAAAGACCUAAUGGAUCUGAAGAACCUUCUGAAUUUGAAAAAGAAUUACUUGAUAUGACUCAAGCUGCACAAACUUUGGGGUCAGAAGAAGAUCAAAAUUGGGCUAGACCUGAAUUAUCAAAGAGUUUUAAUCCUAAUUUAAAUGAUGUAUCCUUCCAACAAUUAGAUGCAGAAGAAUAUAGUGAUCAUGAUUCAACUUAUGCAAGGUUUUUUGGAAUAACUCAAGAAGGGCAUUCAGUAUUAUGUAAUGUAAUAGGAUUUGUACAUUAUUUUUAUUCACCAGUACCUAAGGGAUUUAUUAAAGAUCAACAUUUAAGAAAAUUUACAAAUUAUUUAAAAUCAAACUACGAUGGAGUAGUAGAUGUUGAAAUUACAUUAAAAGAAUCCAUAUGGGGAUUUAACAACAAUAUCAAAACUCCAUUUUUCAAAAUAUAUGUCAAUUGUAAUAAGAAUAUAACUAGAUUAAGAACUGCUUUUGAAAAAGCAGAAAUAAGAUUUGAUGAUUUAUUUCCAUUACAACAAAGUGUUGUAUAUGAUAAUAUAAAUUAUUUAUUAAGAUUAAUGAUUGAUUGUAAAAUUACUGGUAUGUCUUGGAUAACAUUACCAAAAACAAAAUAUAAAAUGGUUACAAAUGAGAUUUCAACUUGUCAAAUUGAAUGUAAUAUAAAUUAUAAAGAUUUGAUAACUCAUCAAUCAGAAGGAGAUUGGUUAAAAAUGGCCCCAUUACGUAUAUUAUCAUUCGAUAUUGAAUGUGCUGGUAGAAAAGGUAUUUUCCCAGAAGCUGAUCAAGAUCCUGUUAUCCAAAUUGCAAAUGUUGUACUGAGGUUGGGAGAGACAAAACCAUUUGUAAGAAAUGUAUUUACUGUUAAUACUUGUUCAUCAAUUAUCGGUUCACAAAUAUUUGAACAUGAAAAAGAAGAAGAAAUGUUAUUACAUUGGAAAGAUUUUAUAAAUGAAGUUGAUCCUGAUGUUAUAAUUGGUUAUAAUACUACAAACUUUGAUAUACCUUAUAUUCUUGAUAGAGCAAAAGCUUUGAAGCUAAAUAAUUUCCCAUAUUUUGGUAGACUAAAACAUGUAAAACAAGAAAUCAAAGAUGCAGUUUUUAGUUCAAGAGCUUAUGGUACAAGAGAAAAUAAAGUUGUAAAUAUAGAUGGAAGAAUGCAAUUGGAUUUAUUACAAUUUAUUCAAAGAGAAUAUAAAUUAAGAUCAUAUACACUAAAUUCAGUAUCGGCUCAUUUUUUAGGUGAACAAAAAGAAGAUGUGCAACAUUCGAUUAUUACUGAUUUACAGAAUGGUACAAAAGAAACAAGAAGAAGGUUGGCUGUUUAUUGUCUAAAAGAUGCAUUUUUACCACUAAGAUUAUUGGAUAAGCUAAUGUGUUUAGUUAAUUAUACAGAAAUGGCAAGAGUAACUGGUGUUCCUUUCUCAUACUUAUUAGCAAGAGGUCAACAAAUUAAAGUUAUAUCACAAUUAUUCAGAAAAUGUCUACAAGAAGAUAUUGUUAUUCCAAACAUGAAGAGUGAAGGUUCAAAUGAAGAAUAUGAAGGUGCUACAGUUAUUGAACCAGAAAGAGGUUAUUAUGAUGUACCAAUUGCAACAUUAGAUUUCAGUUCUUUAUAUCCUUCAAUUAUGAUGGCUCAUAACUUAUGUUAUACAACUUUAUUAAGUCGAAACUCCAUAAAUGCAUUUAAUUUAAGUGAAGAAGAUUACACGAAGACCCCCAACGGAGAUUAUUUUGUUAAUUCAAACAAAAAACAAGGUAUAUUACCAACUAUUCUUAAUGAAUUAUUAACUGCUAGAAAAAAAGCUAAAAAUGAUUUGAAAAAAGAAACUGAUCCUUUUAAAAAAGAUGUGCUUAAUGGUAGACAAUUAGCUUUAAAAAUUUCAGCCAAUUCAGUAUAUGGUUUCACAGGAGCAACAAUUGGGAAAUUACCUUGUUUGGCAAUUUCUUCAUCUGUCACUGCUUUUGGUCGUGAAAUGAUUGAAAAAACCAAAAAUGAAGUUCAAGAACAAUACUCCAAGAAAAAUGGUCAUCCUCAUGAUGCAAAAGUCAUAUAUGGUGAUACUGAUUCAGUAAUGGUAAGAUUUGGUUAUCAAGAUUUAGAAACAUGUAUGAAAUUAGGGGAAGAAGCUGCAAAUUUAGUUUCGGAAAAAUUUAAAAAGCCUAUAAAGUUGGAAUUCGAAAAAGUUUAUUUCCCAUAUUUAUUAAUUAAUAAAAAGAGAUAUGCAGGUUUAUAUUGGACAAAUCCUAAUAAAUUUGAUAAAAUGGAUACAAAGGGAAUUGAAACAGUUAGAAGAGAUAAUUGUCGUUUAGUACAAAAUGUUAUUACAAAAGUUUUGGAAUUUAUAUUGGAAGAAAGAAAUGUUGAAAAAGCUCAAAGAUUUGUCAAACAAACUAUAGCAGAUUUAUUACAAAAUAGAGUUGAUCUUUCUCAAUUAGUUAUUACAAAAGCUUAUUCAAAACAUGAUUAUUCUGCAAAACAAGCGCAUGUUGAACUAGCAGAAAGAAUGAAAAAAAGAGACCCUGGUUCAGCUCCAACUUUAGGGGAUAGAGUUGCUUAUGUGAUCAUAAAAUCCGGAAGUGAUAAAAAUUAUGAAAAAUCAGAAGAUCCAUUAUAUGUAUUGGAAAAUUCAUUACCUAUUGAUGUAAAAUACUAUUUAGAACAACAAUUAACAAAACCUUUAGAAAGAAUUUUCGUCCCUAUUUUAGGAGAAUCAAAAACAAAAGAAUUAAUAGAAGGUGCACAUACAAGAACAAUAAAAGUAUCAGCUCCCAAAACAGGUGGAUUAAUGAGAUUUGCCAAAAAAUCAGAAUUAUGUGUUAAUUGUAAAACUCCAUUAAAAGACAACAAUAAAGGUGCAUUAUGUGAAAAUUGUAUCAGAGAAGAUAAAGGUCCACAAUUAUAUUCAAAUGCAUUAUCUCAAAUGAAUUAUUUAGAAAAUAAAUUUUCAAGAUUAUGGACUGAAUGUCAAAGAUGUCAAGGUUCUUUAUUUCAAGAAGUUCUAUGUUCUAAUAAAGAUUGUCCAAUUUUUUAUAUGAGAAAAAAAGUGCAAAAAGAUGUUCAUCAACAAGCUUUGGAAUUGGUUAAAUGGGAUCAAACUAAUUGGUAA